AUGGGCAACUCGAAAUCUAAAAUGAGAAAAGAGCGUCGUCUAAGCGACGACGAAGCAAGAACACAAGAAGAAACACAUUCGAAUCAAGAUCUGUAUCUACCACAAAAAAAAAAUGAAGUGGAACGUCUACAAUCCAUGCACUUCUUGUUUAUACAUAUUUUCGAAUGUCGGUUUUUGCCACCAAUCGAGAAUAAAUUAAAAGACGGAGCAUUUGUGCUAGAUAUUGGAUGUGGACCAGGUACAUGGAUACUGGACAUGGCUUCUCAUUAUCCUUGCUCAGAAUUCUAUGGAUUCGAUAUUCAUGUAGUUUUUCCAUCUCAGAUUCGACCACCUAAUACGCAUUUCAAACAAGCCAAUGCUCUCGAUGGGCUAGCAUUUGAUAAUGACUCUUUUGAUUUGGUUCGAAUGAGUUCGAUGUUGAUUUCUUUUGAUGAACAACAAUAUCUUGGAGUACUCCGUGACUCAUUUCGGAUUCUUAAGCCAGGUGGAUACAUUGAACUAAUAGAAUCCGAAAUACCUUUGGUAAAUGAAGGUCCAAUAUUUCAAAAACUUCUGGACUCAUUCGAAAGUCUAUUAUCAAGCAAAGGCAUAGACAUCCGACUGGCACAAAAACUCGAAUCACUAGUAUCCUCAAUCGAUGGCUUUACAAGUAUACAAACCGACCGACGCAUAACAAUGCUAAAUGAACCGGAGGGCGGGAUCUCUGGAAAACUACUCAUGCAAACUAUCGACGAAUUCUUUCAGAGUUCAGUGGCGAGUGGGUUUGCUGCUGGUCUGGGACUCAGCCUUGAAGAGUACAUGAAACAUUGGCAAGUUUGUAAGGAUGAGAUUGUGACUCAUGGGACUGGGUUGGCAUUGAGGAAAGUUUGUGCCCAAAAGAGAUUUUGA